AUGAAGUUGUACGCCCUGAUGGUUGCGAAGCCAUUCCCGGCGGGGGUAGAGAAGGAGCCUGUCAUCUGCUCGCAGGCCAUUGACGUCUCGUCCUUCGGCUUCUUCCAGCGCAACGCGGCGCGCGAGUUCAUAGUCUUCCUCACCCGCACCGUGGCGAAGCGGGUGUCGAACGGCUCCAAGACGCAGAUCACCGAGAACGGCAACGUUGUCUUUGCGCACUCCACGCUUGACGGCAUUGUCGCGAUUGCCAUUGGCGAUGUGGAGUACAACGCGCGUGUUGCCUUCACGUUGCUUGGCGAACUCGCCACCCAAUUCCAGACCACCUUCCGCGGGAAGUAUGACAUCAUUGACGGCAGGGACGACAACUUCCUCAACUGGCCCCACCUCGAGGAAACGCUGGUGAAGUAUCAGAAGCCGGAGGAGCAGGACAAGAUACUCAAGAUUAAGCGGGAUAUUGAGGACACAAAGGUGAUUAUGUACAAUGCGAUAGACCAGAUUAUUGAGCGUGGUCAGAAAAUCGAUGAUCUUGUCGCCCAGAGCGAGGACCUUGGCACAGCUAGUAAGACGUUCUACAAGCAGGCAAAGCAAACAAACUCUGGGUGCUGCUCCGUCAUGUAA